UCCUCUGCGCACACUGCCCAGAGCUCCUCCCUCAAUUUUCCAUCCUCUUCACAAUUGCAAGCUACAACAACCAGCUGCCAGCUAGCUCGGAACCAAAACCACCUUGAUCACGCUAGCUAGCUUCAUCAAUCAGCUUCUCGCUUAGUGCAGCAUCGACCGGCCAUGGCGAUCAAGGACUGCGGCGGGCACAAGGGCGGCGGCAGCGGGUGCGAGUGCCACAAAAGAAAGCUCUACCGCAAGUGCUGCGGCUUCCUCCUGGCCGUCAUCCUCCUCGCCCUCUUCAUCAUCCUCGUCGUCUACCUGGUCCUCCGCCCCCACAAGCCCCAGUUCUACCUGCAGGACCUGGCCGUGCUCUGCCUCAACGUUACGCCCCCCGCCUCCGCCUACCUCUUCACCACCAUGCAGGCCACCGUGGCGGCCCGGAACCCCAACGACCGCGUCGGCGUUUACUACGACUCCGCCGACGUGUACGCGCAGUACAAGGGCGUGGCCAUCACCGUGCCCACCCGCCUCCCCGUCGCCUACCAGGGCCACCGGGACCAGUCGGUGUGGUCGCCGUACCUCAGGUCCAUGGACAACGUCAUGCUGCCGCCGGAGCUUGCCGUCGCGCUGGCCCAGGACGAGACGGCCGGGUACGUGCUCAUCGACAUCCGCGUCGACGGCUGGGUGCGGUGGAAGGUCGGCACGUGGAUCUCCGGCCACUACCACCUCCGGGCAAACUGCCCGGCGCUCAUCAGGGUUAACGAAGGGAAGGGCAGCUACGGCGCGACCACUGGUGGCGGGACUGACUACUUCCGGUUCCAGCAAGCGGCCGCCUGCAACGUCGACGUCUGAUUCCAUUAGUUCGCCGUCGAUCCGAUCAUCCGAGAAGAGAACUGAUACCUUGUAGUUCCUUCUUCCUUUUCCACUUUUUGACUUGCUGUUCGUUUCAGCAGAAUCGGUUAAUUAAAGAAUUGAUUGAAUA